AUGUCAUCCUCCAGCACACCCAUAACCCCCUCCGCCUUCGCCUCCGCCCUCCCCUCCCUCCCCCUCCCCUCCCUCCACCUAAAAGUCCUCGAGCUCCGCAACUCAAUCGCCCACCUCGACUACUCCAACGAGCAGCUCCACCCCUUCGCCCACCCCUCCUCCGGUCCCCCCGACCCCGUCUGCGUGGAAGCCAUCUCCGAAAACAACAUCGUCAUCGCCCGCAUGCAAGAGCGCAUCAGCCUCGUCAAGGCAGAGGUCGAGACCCGCGGGCUCAGCUGGACAGAGUUCCAGUCGAAAGAAGAAAUAGAAAAACUCGACAAGCAAGAGCCUGGGGUGGUGGCAGAGACAAAUGGGGAAAGGCACUCGGCCUGGACGGAUGGGACUUUCCAGGCUGGGAGGAUUGUCAAUGGGGAGGUGGUGAUGGAUGAUGUUGCCGGGGGUGGACAAGCACAACAAGGGGGCUCGAUCGGUGAUGAGGAACUAAGACGGAGGAUGGAGGAGAGGAUGAGGGAUAUGGGUGUGGAUGAUGAGGAGGGGGGUAUGCAUUUGUGA